AUGCUGCUUUGCUUGCGUCGCACGUGGACGCGGCGUCCUCCCUUACAAUGUCUAGCGCAGACACCCGGUAGACGUGCUGCCGCAACGAAAGCCACGAUCGCCCAAACCGUUCUGAAGGAGACAACCCCGACAGCGUCAAGGCUGGCUGAAACGGGACUUUGGUCGAUGCCAUCACGUUCCAAGAAGGCUGGAAAGGGCAGUACUGAUGCAAGGAAAGCCAAGCCGAAGAAAAAGGCAAAGGGUGACAAGUCGCGUGUCAAUAUCGUGGACGAGAAGCUAUGCGAUGAUAUCCUCAAAUACAUAGGUCCUACACUCGAAAGACAUGUUGGCUGCGACUUGGUCGACAUCAACCCGGGCGCCGGCGUCUGGAGUCGCAAGCUCUCAGAGGUCCUCCAGCCGCGCACCCACAUCCUCAUGGAACCCGACGAGGAUGUUUAUCGACCCUUCCUUGAGCCGCUACUCGAAAACCCAAAUACACAACUGAUACCUCAGUCCGGAAUCCUCUGGAACGAGCUGAAUGAGGUGCUCGGCCACAUUCAGAACCAGGUCCCUAAGCCAAGGGGCCCUGGCAUCGAGCCUACGCGCAACGACACCCUCCUUGUGACGGCGAACCUCUCCUUCUUCCCCAAGAAACGGUAUCGCAACUUUGAUAGCGUCGCCGCGAUGGUGCUCUUUCAGCUCAUCAGCAGCAUCCGCACCGGCACACUUUUCCAAAAAUACGGCCUCGUGCGCAUGCUGGUGUGGGCCAAUAACGACGAUCAGCGCUCGUUCCUGGCAAGGAACAUUCAAGGGCGGCGCAAGUCGGCGAUUGAGGCCGAGUUCGCGUGCGAGUGGCUCGGCGUAGUGGCCGGCACGGAGGCGCAUUCGAAUUCGGACUCCAAGAGAGACGUCUGGCACGUUCGCGAUCGAUGGAUUGAUAUCGACAGCACAAGGGACGCACUGGAAAGGAUGAAAAAGAAUGGGCUGGAGAUGCCAGAGGGACGGAAGUUGGAGUCUACAACGCAGGCCGAACGAGGAGCUAUCGGCCCUGGGCGCCACGCUGGCGUGCAAACGCCGCAUCUCAGCCGGCCCUACGUGGCGGAGCUGAAGGAACUCGAAGACGAGUUGGCGGUCGGCACCAUGGACACGUCGAAUACAUCAAAGUCUUUCAAGCGCCUGAAAUUCCUGCGGCACACACUAAAAACACAAGAGGAAGACGCCGAGAGCAAUACGGCUCUAUUAGCAGAGAUGUACGAGCUCAGCCGACUGCGUGCGACCAAAGCCAUCCCGGACGCGGAGCUGAGAGGGCGCGAACAGGCGUGGGAUGCCAAGGUCUCGUCAAUGGGGAAGAACUUCCUCAUCGACUUCCGCGUCAUCCGGGACAACUUGCACAUCUUUCGGCAAGACCCGCCGGUGAUGCUUUGGGACAGGCGACCCUACGAGCCGCUCGCCGUCAGCCCCAACGAAUUCUUCCCCAACGUCGAGUGUUGUCUAUUAGAUAUCCAGCCCAAAGCGAUGUAUCCGCUCCUCCGGCAGUCCGGGCCGGGCACCUCGCGAGCGGGCGACAUGUUUGAGCUGUUCCGGAGUUCUAUGCUGGCACAGGGCCUGGAGCCCGUCAGCAAGUCUUUGGAGCGCAUCUGGCCCGGGGCGGCGGAGGGCAUCUUGCCGCACUGCCCCAGCCUGCGGGACCCAGACCAGGGCGGACUGACUGGAACGGGGCACGCGGAGCUCUGUUCUAGAGUCCUGAGCGAGAAGCAGUGGAUGGAGCUGAUGGAGGCCUUCAUGGCAUGGCCAUUCCACCCAACAUACGAGGAGAUGAUUGGGCGAUUGGCGGACGACGUUGAGCCCUCCGACGAUGAUCACAACGCUGGCGGCAGCAGCAUGUCGACGGAUGCGGCAUUGGCGUAA